AUUUAUCUGAAUUUGAAUUCCAUUUGGAAUCAGCGAAUUCUGAUUCAAAAUCAUGUCGACUAUUGGUUAUAUUGGUGCUUCAAUUUGUCUUCUUGGAGUUCUUUCAUCUCUUUUCUCAAUUAGUCAUAUUGUUAGAGAUAUUAAUUCUCUGCGUGAUGAAGUUGAAGGACGUGUUGAUGAAUUCAAAGUAUUAGCUGAUGACACGUGGCAACGUCUUCUUGUUCUUCAAUCCCCAACUGGAGAAACUGAAAAUGUGAUGCCAUCGAUCUUCCGUUCAAAGAGAUUCGUCUAUCCAGGAAUGUGCAAUUGUGACAGUAACUCUCAAGGAUGCCCAGCUGGACCACCAGGACCACCAGGACUUCCAGGAAAGCGUGGAGAUGAAGGAGUUGUUGGAGAUCUUGGACGUUCUGGAGCAUCUGGAAUCUCACUUGCAGCUGUUCAUCACAUUCCAGGAGGAUGCAUCAACUGCCCAGCCGGACCAGCUGGACCACCAGGACAACAAGGACCAGUUGGACCACAAGGAUUCCCAGGAGUUGUUGGAACAUGUGGACCAUCGGGAGAUGAUGGACAACCAGGACCAGCUGGACCACUUGGAGAUAAGGGAGCCCAAGGACCAAAAGGAUUCGAUGGAGCCGAUGGACCAGAUGGCAUGCCAGGAACUGCAUACUUCCCAGGAGCUGUUGGACAACCAGGAGAGCCAGGAUGGUUGGGACAACCAGGACUUCCAGGAAAACACGGAGAACCAGGACAAGAUGGAGAAGAAGGACCAAAGGGAGCACCAGGAACACCAGGAUCAAAUGGAAGAGAUGCUUAUCCAGGACAACCAGGAAAGGCUGGAGAGCCAGGAGCUGUUGGAAAAGACGCCAACUAUUGCCCAUGCCCGGCUCGUCGCGACUCAAAGACCGAAAGUGUUCACGAGCCACCAGCAGCUUCCCAAAAUGGAGGUUACAGAAAGGCCAAGAGACACUAAACGAAGCCACAGUAAAUUAUUAUCUUUUUUAUUAUCCUGUUUUUCAUUCAAAACUUUUAAGAAAAUUAAAUUCGAAAGAAAUUCAUUUAAAAAACUUUUUGGUAUAGGAAUGACGUGGGAUUUAGCUAACAUUGAACAAUUGAAAUAAAACACUGGGAAGG